AUGUCUAUGGAGAUUGACAACAUGGAGAUUUUGCGGCAGGCUAAUGAGACACACAUCAUUGGCGCUUCGCCUUUGCGAAGAGGUGUCGGAUCAUAUUCUGCACAAUCGCGGUUGCAAGCAAUCGGUCGUCGAAAUCGAAGUUUAGGUCAAAUUGGUACCGUAAUGAGUGGGAAUGGAGAUGAUGGCUUACUGAAAUCAGGCGGACCACUGCGUGGUACCGAUACAUUUUCCUCGAUUGACAGGUUUGGCGUGCAAGAAGCAGAACCUGCGCUGUCAAUGUCAAUUCAUGUUCAUCCUCACACCGCUUUCCUUGGUAACUUUUCUCCCAAUUCUUCCAUUCCAAGUCAUCGUCAUGCUGGUGACUCAUCUAUUGAUACCUCUACGGAUAGCGUUUCUAAUAGCGCAACAACCUUGUCAGCUGUUCAGAGUCAAGCUUCUUCCAUAUCUGUUGACGAUUUCUUGAGCAGUGGAGCGAUCUGUGAAGCUGCACGAGAUGAUCCAAAGGUUCGACAGGAAAAGUUAGCAGCUCGAUUCGGAAUCGAAAGAAGUACGGUGAGCAAGACGUUCAAAAAAAAGGGAAAGUGGCUUGUUAUUCAGGACGAAGGGCAAUCUGCAUUUAUCAUGAAACAAAGAACGGGCAAAUUCCCAGAUCUUGAACGACGUGUAGCUGAAUGGAUCAAUGACGAAGUUGGUAAAGAAACGCCGGUUUUGGACAUGAUUAUCAGACAUCGUGCUUUGGAAGUGGCAAAAGAAAUUGGCAUCGGUGCUGAUCAAUUCAAAGCUUCUUUGGGUUGGGUUGAAAAAUUCAGAGAAAGACAUAAGCUACCAAAGCCUGCAAUGCCACCGGAUUUUGGAGAUUCGAGUGAUCAGAUAUGUGCGGAAGAUGAGCGGAAACGCGAAGAAACAUUCCGAUCUGGAUUCAGAUUAGCUACUGCUCAGCAAGGGCAACAUCCAUCGCACUUUCAAGAUCCUCAAUUGGCCAAUCAGAUGGAACGAGAUGCAGGAUUGUUUUAUUCACCACCACCAUCACAGACAAAUGCGCUUUCAAAUGCUUUUACUCUGCAAAGGCUACGUUCAACUUCCACUGAGAAAAAUAUCAAUGCUGUUCAAGAAACACCAAAAGCUUCAAAACGCCAUUAUGAUGAUAUGGCCCAUCACCGUGGCGUUUCGCCAAUUGACGCAACAAUGGCACGAGUGCAUUUACCAACUCAAAACUUGAUAAAUCCACACGUACAAGGCGAGCAAUCUAACAACGGUGUUCAUCAGCACGAUGAUUCCAGGUAUGCAAUUGCCAGCUCUUCGUCUUCAUCAUCCUCUUCUGCUGGUAUUGGUGCGACGAAGAGACGUAGAGGAGCUGCUGCGUCUGCUGAGCUUAGCAGAGGUGGAAGUGGCAGUGGUAGUGCGAACGAUGCUACCAGCGAAGGUAGUAUUCAGAUGAAUAUGAUCCGAGGGCAAUUGCGCAGAACGAAAAGUGGACACGUCCAAUUAUUAAUGCUUUAUCGCAGCAAACGAAUAAUCCUGUCGCUCUUGCAACUGCUGCAGCUGUACAAGAGCUUCAUCGUGAUGAGCAUGCGCGAAUUAUGCUUGAGCAAAGGUUGCAACAAAAACAAAUGCAAUCCCAAGGAGGAAUCCAACCUGAUAACCCAGAUGGACCUUCAUCGAAAAUAUGAUGAUGCAAGCUUUACAACGGGCAGGAUCAAGCCCAAAGAUCAAUCUUCGUAAUACGAUAAAUGCUGCCC